AGUCCGUUAUUUUGGAGCUCGCAAUACAAUGUUCAAUUCGCUAGGUACCGUCCUAUGCUUUGCGCGUCCUGGUUGGCAAUUUAUAAAUCGCCUUUUCACUAAUUAAGCUAAAUGGCAACGCUCUUGACUUCGUGGGAGAAGUUGUCAACCAAGGAGAAACGAUACUGGAUCGUUACUUGGCGCUCACUAAGUAGACAAUUUAUUCUUGUCUCCAAAACCAUUAUCCAUUUUCCAUUGUUCCGACGCGCAUUUUAAUUCAUUUUGCAAUCCACGCCAGCAUUUGAUGAUGGAAAUAUGUAGCUGCGAGAUUAAUUAUCUGAAGGGACUUGAUUUUUUUUUUUUCAAGUUUGUUUCCUCUUUAUCCUGGUGUAACCCCCUUCAGGCGGUGCGCGCUGUGAAUAAAGAUCGGAGCGACGGCCACAGAAAGGGAGAGGGAAUUUGUGGUGUUCUUGCCAUUUUCAGCACCAGCCGAGCGACUAGUCGAAAAUCUGGUAACCAGGGGGGGCAUGACUAGUAACUAGUUCUGUUCAAAAUUAUGGGAUGGAUCGCCAUGGCAACAGACCAGACGUCACAAUCUGAGCAUGUGUGUUCCAUUUUUGUCUUUUUUUAUUUUCAGACUGGAGGAUUUGGACUGAGGAGAGAGAGAGGGAGAUAGAAAAGGGAAAGAGGAUUUUUUUUUCUCCUUAAAAAAAAAAAGCGAGGGCAGCCAUCUUUCUUAAAACACCAUUUGUGUGCAAUUUUAAUUUUGUGCGGACGGUUUUUUUUUUUUAAAAAAAAGACUGGCAUUCCGAGGGUUAAGUUUCUAUACUUUAUUCUACAGAGGGAGUGGAAUUUUCUUUUUAUUGAAGGAUAGCGUAUGCGAUAAAGAUGCCAGGGUCGCUAAGCAAUGAAGACGAGGGACAAGACGAUAUGGAUUUUGAGGACGAAAUGCCAGAGGAAGAGGAGGAGGAGGAGGCUGAACCCAUGGCGCUGGGAUCUCUAGAGAGGUUCUUCUCCGAGGAGGACUCCGUCAAACAGCACAAGAAGAAGAAACCUCGCAAGCCGAAGGAGGGCAAGACCCCCAAAGUGAAGAAGAGGAAGAAGGAGGGCGGGGGCAGCGACGCCGACGAGGCUUCGGAGCGCGAGGAAGGGCAGGCGGAGAAGUCGGAGAGCGAGGGCAGCGACUACUCGCCGGUCAAAAAGAAGAAGAAGAAGCCGAGGGAGAAGAAAGAGAAGAAAACCAAGCGCAGGAAGAAAGACGAGGAGGAGGAUGAGGAUGAAGACGUGAGUCUCAAGGAGCCCAAGUCUUCAGGACAACUGAUGCAGGAGUGGGGUCUGGAAGAUGUGGACUAUGCCUUCUCAGAGGAGGAUUAUCGCACCCUGACCAACUACAAGGCCUUCAGCCAGUUUCUGAGGCCUCUCAUUGCCAAGAAGAACCCUAAGAUCCCCAUGUCCAAGAUGAUGACUGUGUUGGGUGCCAAGUGGCGAGAGUUCAGUGCCAACAACCCUUUCAAGGGCACCUCGGCCGCCGCCGCUGCCGCCGCCGUGGCCGCAGCCGUGGAAACGGUGACUGUGGCCCCGCCGGUCUCGGUCAGCAGCAUGCAGCAGCCCUCACAGCCUGGGCCAAUCAGAAAAGCCAAAACAAAAGAAGGCAAAGGGCCUGGGGUGAGGAGGAAAACCAAGAGCCUGAAGGAGGCCAAGAAGAAAGGGAAAGGCAAGAAGGUGAAACUGAAGAUGGGGGCACAGAGUGGCAAGAGGAAAAAGGGCUCUUCGAGCGAGGAGGAGGAUCGUGAAGAGUCCGACUUCGACAACGCCAGCAUCCACAGUGCCUCUGUGCGCUCUGAUGCUUCCGGGGCCCCCAAAAAGAAGGGGCGCAGGGGCCGGAAGAAGAAGAAAAUUGAAGAAGGGGAUGGCUAUGAGACGGAUCACCAGGACUACUGCGAGGUGUGCCAGCAGGGCGGCGAGAUUAUCCUGUGCGACACCUGCCCCCGGGCUUACCACCUGGUGUGCCUGGACCCCGAGCUGGAGAAAGCCCCCGAGGGCAAGUGGAGCUGCCCCCACUGUGAGAAAGAGGGAAUCCAGUGGGAGCCUAAGGAGGACGAGGAGGAAGAAGAGCCGGUGGGUGAGGAGGAGGACGAUCACAUGGAGUUCUGCCGGGUGUGCAAGGACGGAGGGGAGCUUCUGUGCUGCGACACCUGUCCUUCCUCCUAUCACAUCCACUGCCUCAACCCGCCCCUGCCUGAGAUACCCAAUGGAGAGUGGCUGUGCCCUCGCUGCACGUGCCCCCCUCUGAAAGGAAAAGUGCAGCGAAUACUGCACUGGACAUGGGGGGACCCCCCCUUGCCUCCUGAGCCCCCCGCAGGCCCUGAUGGGGAACCCGCAUCCCAGCUGGCCAAACCCCCCCUGAAGGGCCACCCUGAGAGGGAGCUGUUUGUGAAGUGGGCCGGCCUCUCCUACUGGCACUGCUCCUGGGUCACUGAGCUACAGCUGGAGCUGUACCACACGGUGAUGUACCGCAACUACCAGCGCAAGAACGACAUGGACGAGCCGCCGCCGUACGACUACGGCUCCGGGGACGAGGACAUGAAGAGCGAGAAGAGGAAGAGCAAGGACCCGCAGUACGCCGCCAUGGAGGAGCGUUUCUACCGCUACGGCAUCAAGCCAGAGUGGAUGAUCAUCCACCGGAUCCUCAACCACAGUUUUGAUAAGAAGGGAGAUGUUCACUACCUGAUAAAGUGGAGGGACCUGCCUUAUGACCAGUGCACCUGGGAGGUCGAUGACUUUGACGUUCCAGAGUACGAAAACUUCAAACAAGCCUACUGGGACCACAGGGAGCAGAUGCUGGGGGAGGACAUCAGGCCCCUGGGAGUGAGGAUGGGGAGGAAAGUCAAGGGUGAAGAGAAGCGGGAAAGGCCCCCCGACACCCCCAUCGUCGACCCAACCAUCAAGUUUGACAAGCAGCCCUGGUAUAUUGAUGCCACUGGGGGUACCCUGCACCCCUACCAGCUGGAGGGGCUGAACUGGCUGCGCUUCUCCUGGGCUCAGGGCACUGACACCAUCCUGGCAGACGAGAUGGGGCUGGGCAAGACUGUACAGACCAUUGUCUUCCUCUACUCGCUGUAUAAGGAGGGUCACUCGAAGGGCCCCUUCUUGGUGAGCGCCCCUCUUUCCACCAUCAUUAACUGGGAGAGAGAGUUCGAGAUGUGGGCCCCUCACUUCUACGUGGUAACGUACACGGGGGACAAGGACAGUCGUGCCGUGAUCCGCGAGAACGAGUUCACCUUCGAGGACAGUGCCAUCAAAACCGGCCGCAAGGUUUUCCGCAUGAAGAAGGACACACCCAUUAAGUUCCAUGUGCUGCUGACAUCAUACGAGUUGAUUACCAUUGACCAGGCCAUUCUGGGCUCCAUCGACUGGGCCUGCCUUGUGGUGGAUGAGGCUCACCGCCUCAAGAACAACCAAUCAAAGUUUUUUCGAGUUCUUAAUGGCUACAAGAUCUACUACAAGCUGCUGCUGACAGGAACCCCUCUACAGAACAACUUGGAAGAGCUGUUUCACCUGCUCAACUUCCUCACCCCAGAGCGCUUCAAUAACCUGGAAGGUUUCCUGGAGGAGUUUGCUGACAUCUCCAAGGAAGACCAGAUCAAGAAGCUCCACGAUCUGCUGGGGCCUCACAUGCUGCGCCGGCUGAAGGCGGAUGUCUUCAAGAACAUGCCAGCCAAGACAGAGCUGAUCGUCAGGGUGGAGCUCAGCCCCAUGCAGAAGAAAUACUACAAGUUCAUCCUGACACGGAACUUUGAGGCACUGAACUCGAAGGGGGGCGGAAACCAGGUGUCUCUGCUGAACAUCAUGAUGGACCUGAAGAAGUGCUGCAACCACCCCUACCUGUUCCCUGUGGCAGCUGUGGAGGCUCCGGUGCUGCCCAAUGGCUCAUAUGAUGGCAAUCUGUUAGUGAAGUCCUCUGGCAAACUGACUCUUCUGCAGAAGAUGCUGAAGAAAUUGAAAGAUGGAGGACACAGAGUGCUCAUCUUCUCCCAGAUGACAAAGAUGCUGGACUUGCUGGAGGACUUCCUGGAGUACGAGGGCUACAAGUAUGAGCGGAUUGAUGGGGGGAUCACUGGGGGGCUGCGACAGGAGGCCAUUGACCGCUUCAACGCUCCGGGGGCUCAGCAGUUUUGCUUCCUGCUGUCAACACGGGCUGGAGGACUGGGAAUCAAUCUGGCCACGGCGGACACUGUCAUCAUCUAUGACUCUGACUGGAACCCACACAAUGACAUACAGGCAUUCAGCAGGGCCCAUCGCAUUGGCCAGAACAAGAAGGUCAUGAUCUACCGCUUCGUGACGCGGGCCUCGGUGGAGGAGCGCAUCACCCAGGUGGCCAAACGCAAGAUGAUGCUGACCCACCUGGUGGUGCGGCCCGGCCUGGGCUCCAAGACAGGGUCCAUGUCCAAGCAGGAGCUGGACGACAUCCUCAAGUUUGGCACUGAGGAGCUAUUCAAGGAUGAUGUGGAAGGAGCAAGAGCCAAUGGUGACAAUAAAGACGGAGAGGAGGGCAGUGUGAUCCACUAUGAUGACAAUGCCAUCUCCAAACUGCUGGACCGCAGCCAGGACGCCACUGACGACACCGAGCUGCAGAACAUGAACGAGUACCUGAGCUCCUUUAAGGUGGCGCAGUAUGUGGUCAGAGAGGAGGAUGGGGAGGAGGAGGUUCAGCGUGAGAUCAUCAAGCAGGAGGAGAACGUGGACCCUGAUUACUGGGAGAAGCUGCUGAGGCACCACUAUGAGCAGCAACAGGAAGACUUGGCCAGGAAUCUGGGCAAGGGCAAGAGGAUCCGCAAACAGGUCAACUAUAACGACACCUCCCAGGAGGACCAAGAGUGGCAAGAUGAUCUUUCAGACAAUCAGUCCGAGUACUCCGUGGGAUCUGAAGACGAGGAUGAAGACUUUGAGGAGAGGCCAGAAGGGGGGCGCCGGCAGUCUCGGAGACAGCUGAAGAGUGACCGCGAUAAGCCCCUGCCCCCUCUGCUGGCAAGAGUCGGGGGGAACAUCGAGGUGCUGGGGUUCAAUGCCCGACAGCGAAAGGCCUUCCUCAACGCCAUCAUGCGCUGGGGAAUGCCCCCCCAGGACGCCUUCAACUCCCACUGGCUGGUGCGAGACCUGCGUGGGAAGAGUGAGAAGGAAUUCAGAGCGUACGUGUCCCUGUUCAUGCGUCACCUGUGUGAGCCUGGGGCCGAUGGCGCGGAGACCUUUGCGGAUGGGGUCCCCAGGGAGGGCCUGUCCCGCCAGCAUGUCCUCACCAGGAUUGGAGUCAUGUCCCUAGUUCGCAAGAAGGUGCAGGAGUUUGAGCACAUCAAUGGGAAGUACAGCACUCCGGACCUGGUGCCCGAGGGCAUUGAGGUGAAGAAGCUGAGUGAGAGCCUGUCCUCUGACCCCAACACCCCUGUGCCCGCCAGCCCUGCUGCUACCCAGCCUGGCACCCCUGUACCCACUGAAAAGAUGGAGUCGGUUCCAGGGCCUCCUGAGGACAAAGAGUCGACGGAGCAGGAGAACAAGAAAGCCGCUGAGUCUGAGGUUCCUUCUAGCACCGAAUCCUCCCCCAGCGCAGAGAAGCCCCCCGACAGCGAGGAGCCCAAGGGUGGGGGUGGUGAUGAGCGGCCUGCAGCAGACAGCGAGAAGGCAGACCCAACAGUGGAGCAGGCAGCACCCAAGGGGGAUCUGGGUCGAGAGACAGAAAAAUCUCCAGACAAGGGGGAGAGUAACCCCGCCCCUGUUAAAGGAGAGGACAAGGAGCUCAAACCGGCGGAGGAGGUGAAGAGGGAGGAGACCCCCGACAGUCAGCUGAACGGAGAAAAAGAGGGAAGGGAGGAGAUGGAGGAGAACAGGCGGGAGGACAAGAACUGCAGCAAGAUGAAGUUCAUGUUCAACAUCGCGGAUGGGGGCUUCACAGAGCUGCACACGCUGUGGCAGAAUGAGGAGCGAGCGGCCGUCUCCUCGGGUAAGAUGUACGACAUCUGGCAUCGCAGACACGACUACUGGCUGCUGGCCGGCAUCGUCACACAUGGUUAUGCCCGCUGGCAAGACAUCCAGAACGACCCCCGCUACACCAUUCUGAAUGAGCCCUUCAAGAGCGAGGUGCACAAGGGCAACUACCUGGAGAUGAAGAACAAGUUCCUGGCCCGCAGGUUCAAGUUGCUGGAGCAGGCUCUGGUGAUCGAGGAACAGCUACGGCGGGCCGCCUACCUCAACAUGACGCAGGACCCCAGCCACCCGGCCAUGGCGCUCAAUGCCCGCUUCGCUGAGGUGGAGUGCCUGGCAGAGUCCCACCAGCACUUGUCCAAGGAGUCCCUCGCUGGAAACAAGCCAGCCAAUGCAGUGCUGCACAAAGUGCUAAACCAGCUGGAGGAGCUGCUGAGUGACAUGAAGGCAGACGUGACGCGGCUGCCCUCCAUGCUGUCUCGGAUCCCCCCAGUGGCUGCGCGCCUUCAGAUGUCAGAAAGGAGCAUCCUGAGCCGACUGACCAACCGCGGCAACGAGCCCCCACCCCAGCAGCCAUUCCCACAGGGCUCCUUCGCAUGCUCUCAAAUGUACGGCAACAAUUUUGGGACAAACUUCCGUGGGCCUGGAGCGGGGGGCAUUGUGAACUACAGUCAGAUGCCUCUGGGUCCCUAUGUGAGCGCAUCUACCAACGGCCCCCCGGCUCCCUCGGGCCACCUGGACAAGAGGCCCACUGACCCCCUGAAGGAAGUCUCAGGCCCAGAGCACAAGACGGGCAAGUCUAGUGAUGUCAUCUGUAUCGAGGACUAGCCCCUGUGACUGCUCCCCUGCCAACCCCCCUGCUGCGCAACACAGCAAAGAGUCCAAAUCUACUCUAUUAAGGAGCUCCUAUUAAAGUGACAUAUCUUCUUGCA